AUGUCUAUUAGGCAUGUCCCCGGGACCAAGAACGUGGUGGCUGAUGCUCUGAGUCGUGACCCUUUCGUGAAGCCUGUCAGCCAGCGGCUCCUGUCUGAGUCAUACACAGAUCUGUUGCAGCAAGCCUCUGACGUGGACAACAGUUGUGUUCAAGAUGUAUUUCGCCUCACUUGUCAUCCUCAGGCCAUGACUGACUCCUCCCUCAGUGCUGAGCAACCCCUAUCCAUGUCAGGUGAUGACGUGUCAGCUGCUUUGGACACACAGGAUGCCUGGGACCGUGGAACUCAGCAGAGGGCCAUUUCCCUUGGUGAUCAUCUGGAGGGCCUGGGUAAUGGUGGUCAAGACACACUUCACACAUGGUCGACGGAAGAGCUGAGGGCUCGCCAGCUUCAGGAUGCUGCCAUUGCAAGAGUGAUUUUCUUUGUUGAUCGGAAACUGAGACCAUCAAGGCGUGAACGUGCCCACGAAAACCACCUGGCCUUGAAGUUGCUGAGGCAGUGGCAGAGAUUCCAGCUGAAGGAUGGAAUUCUGUACCGAGUUUUUAAAGACCCGCUUACCAACAUCAAGAGGUUUCAGUACGUCGUGCCCGACUCUCUGAAGAGUGAUGCGUUGGCUGGUGUUCAUGAUCUGGCUGGUCACCAGGGUCAGCCCCGCACCCUCUCCCUUGCCCGGCAGAGAUUCUUCUGGUAUGACAUGGAGAAGGAUGUCAGGAACCAUGUCAAGACCUGCAUGAGGUGUGUUCUCAGCAAAACCCCUGAGCCAGCUGCCAGAGCUCCCCUGCAGAGCAUCAGAACAUCUGCCCCCCUGGAGCUUGUCUGUAUCGAUUUCUGGUCAGCUGAGGACAGAAACAACAAGUCCGUGGAUGUCCUGGUCAUCACUGACCACUUCACCAAAAUGGCCCACGCGUUUCCCUGUCAAGAUCAGACUGCUAAGAAGGUAGCAAAGAAGCUCUGGGAUAACUUCUUUUGUGUCUACGGCUUUCCCACACGCCUGCACUCUGACCAGGGAGCAUCUUUUGAGAGUGACCUCAUUGCGGAGCUUAUGGAGUUAGCUGGCGUCCACAAGUCUCACACGUCUCCUUACCAUCCGAUGGGCAACGGUGGUACAGAGAGAUUCAACCGGACGUUGGGAAACAUGCUGAGGUCCCUGCCUCUACAGUCAAAACAGAAGUGGCCCCAGAUGGUUCAGACCAUGACGUUUGUGUAUAAUUGUACAGUACAUGAAACGACUGGGUUUGCGCCAUUCUAUUUGAUGUUUGGCAGGGUGCCGAGGCUGCCUGUUGACCUGAUGUUCAGGAAUGUGAGCCAUGAUGAGGGGAUUGCAGACUACGACACGUAUGUGAAGUCCCUGGCCUGCGAUCUCCAGUCAGCCAUGCAAGUCGCUCAGAGGAACUCAAGGCUUGAACAAAGACACCAGGCUGACCAGUACAACAAAAGAGUGAAGGGGCUGGCGCUCUCCAUCGGUGACCGUGUUCUUGUAGCCAACAAAGGGUGCAGAGGAAAACGUAAGCUUGCUGACAGAUGGGAGCAUGAUGUUUACAUUGUUGUGGCCUCAAAGCCUAGUCUCCACAUCUACAAAGUCCAGGACAGCGAAGGUAACACGAGAGUGCUUCACAGAAACCUCCUGCUUCCUGUCAAUUUUUUGCCACUCAGUGUCUCUCCGGACGAUGCCACUUUGAGCCAAGAAGCAGGAUUUGACUUCUCGGGUGAGUCUGUGUCUGAAGCCCACCUGUCAGACCACUCUUUUGAGGAUGCCCUGCCCCCUAUUGGCGCUGACCUGUCAUGCCAGGAUGGCUCUCUUGACCGCACCUCUUCCUGGGUCGCUGAACAGUCUUCCAUCCAGAGUGACUUUGAUGUGUCUGAUGUGGCUGUUUCUGGUUCCUUCCAUACUGAUGUCGCCUCUACUGUGGCUGUUCCUGGGUCCCUACAUUUAGAUGUGCCUCUUUGUGAUGUCCCUGAUGCCUCUGUUGGUGCUGAGGUUGACCCUGGUGAUGCUGCACAACAUGUCACAUUUGCUGCCCCUCCUAACCCCCCACACAACACUGACCAUACUGACUUCACUGCCCCUCCUAUCCCCGCACGCAACACUGUUACUGACCAUCCUGACUACGUUCAUCCCCUUCCUACAUCUAGGUUUGGUAGAGUUAUUCGUCCUGUAUGUAGAUUGAUAGAAUCUAUGGCUCAGUUGCAAAGCAUCCUGGGUGGGGAUGAGGCUGUAGGUCAUGUUAUUCAUGUGUAGCUUACUGUGUGAGGUAAUUUCAGGUUUGCCUUACGGCAUGACUUCAGAGUCAGUUUUCCGUGUGAGAAUUGAUUUUCUGGUGUGCAUAAUGUAUGCCACAGUUGUUGUGAAAUACUGUUAGUUUAGCCAUACUGUUGAGGUGUAUAUGGCACCUCAUCUACCCAGUGGGUGUUCUGGGACUUGAUGCCCCCAGUUCACGUCUGACCUUUCUAGGUAGCUGCCAUGCUGGUGUUUGUGUUGGCUGUUGAUAGGAUUUUUUUUUUCUUGUAUGGGUUCGUUAUCUUUGUGUAAUUCUAGAGGGGUGAGUGUAACAGGUCACAUUUCUAUUGUUUUAUAAUUACACAAAGAUGGUUUUUGCCUUGACACACUGCCUUGUAUCGCCAGUACAGUGAGAGUCCUAGUGGGCCUCCGUAGUCUCCCGCCCCCUCUAAUGUAUCAAUUUUUCAUAUUCAUAUUUCGCUGUGCCCUUCACCUCUUCCCUGUCUCUGUCACUUUGGGGAAGAGGAGUUGGGGGAAGGAGAACCUACUGCCUGCUUCACUGUAUUGUCCCUAUUGUUUUGCAGGUGUGUCAUUGUUUUCUGUUUGUUUAUCACUUUGUCAUGGUGUUAUUUUGCUUGUAACCUUGUACAGUUAAUUAGCAUGCUAGCUCCCGCUAGCGUAGUUGCUAACUAAGUUAGCCAUACUAGCUAGCUACUUCCAUUAGGUCUCUAUCAGGAGCUAGGCUAGGUAGCAUAGUUUAAUGGUUAAAUCCUAGCGACUAGUUGUAUUAACCUUUUAAAUGUAAUGAUUGAUGUUACUUUUAUUUUAUAUCUUGUAUUUUGUAUUUAGUAUGUUUUGUGUGGGUUACUUGUGCUUUUUGGCCCUGUCUCUGUCACUUUGGGGAAGAGGAGUUGGGGGAAGGAGAACCUACUGCCUGCUUCACUGUAUUGUCCCUAUUGUUUUGCAGAGAGAAUAAAAGCCCGCGAAUACAUCGUCA